AUGCACCUCAUCCUCACAGGGGCAACAGGCCUCGUCGGCUCCGGCGUCCUAGACGCCAUGAUCAGAGACACCAGCAUCGCCAAGAUAUCCAUCCUCAGCCGCCGUCCGGUUCCCAUGGCCGACGACGCCAAAGAUCCACGCAUCAACGUCAUCAUCCACAAAGACUUCGAGCAGUAUAGUUCCUCCCUGCUAGGACAGCUCAAAGAUGCCAAUGGCUGCGUCUGGGCUCUCGGCAUCAGUCAGACCAAGGUCACCAAGGACGAGUACAUCAGAAUCACCAAAGACUAUCCCCUCGCAGCCGCACGCGCAUUCUCCUCGCUUUCAGACUCGGAAGACCAGCCCUUUCGCUUCGUCUAUGUUUCCGGCGAGGGCGCGACGCAAGAGCCGGGUUAUUGCACUGCGACUUUUGGCAGAGUAAAGGGAGAAACGGAAGUCGCACUUGCGGAGAUGAGCAAUGAGACUCGCAGCAUGCGAACCUACUCAGUCCGACUCGGCGCUGUGGAUGCCUCCCAACACGAUGCUAUAAAGAAGUACAUCCCGGACCCGGGCGCGCUGUACAGGGCUAUGGGGAGUGCUCUGUAUCCUGUGAUUAGGACGGUUAUGCCGUUGGGUUUGGCGCCUACAGACAUUGCUGGCGAUUGUCUGUGCAAGAUGGCGAUGGGCAAACUGGAUGAUAAGUUGGAAGGGCCGGGUGCUAUCAAGAACGGACUGUCGUGGACUCUGAACAACAAGGCCAUGAGAAGAGUGGCGGGUCGGUGA